GGUACAAAAGUGCAUCUUUUGAAACAGUUCCGUUCCAGUGACAGCUUUUGUACCUUUUUUUCUGAGAGCAUGGAAGCAUGACAUCAUAAAAGAAACAUUAGAAUGUUCAGAGUCUGACUCAAAACCCAAUCUGUUCAGUUGAAUGUUGAUUUGCUCUGCUCGUUUAAUAAUAAAAACUGUUGAUUAUUUAUCAGAAGACUUCAUCUGGUUCUCAGCAAAAACCCAAUCAUGCUGAUCACGAGUCUGCUGCUGAUGUGGUUGUACUCCACCAGAAUGAAGAAAGAUUCACCCAAUACAAUGAACUUGGAGGAGAACAAAGAAGUAUCUGAGACCGCUGAAGUCUCUCAGACCGCCGAAGUCUCUGAGACCGCCGAACCCUCUGAGACCGCCGAAGUCUCUCAGACCGCCGAAGUCUCUGAGACCGCCGAACCCUCUGAGACCGCCGAACCCUCUGAGACCGCCGAACCUUCUGAGACCGCCGAACCCUCUGAGACCGCCGAACCCUCUGAGACCGCCGAAGUCUCUGAGACCGUCGAACCCUCUGAGACCGCCGAAGUCUCUGAGACCGCCAAACCCUCUGAGACCGCCGAACCCUCUAAGACCGCCGAAGUCUCUGAGACCGCCGGAGUCUCUGAAACUGCCGGAGCCUCUCAGACCACCGAAGUCUCUCAGACCGCCAAAGUCUCUGAGAUCGCCGAAGUCUCUCAGACCGCCGAAGCCUCUCUGAGACUGACACUGCCCCUGAAACUGAUGCUGCCUGAUAGACCUGCACUGUCUCUCAGACUAACACUGCCUUUCAGACUGUCACUGUCUCUGAGACCGCCACAGACUUUCAGACCAGAACUGCCUAUGAAGCUUUCUCUGAGACUGACACUCUCUCUAAAACUGGCGCUGCCUCAUAGACCAGCACUGCCUCUCAAAUGGACACUGCAACUCAGACUGACACUACAACUCAGACCGACACUGCCUCAGUCUGACUCCACCUCCAAUGCUUCUCAGACUGCCAUUGUCUCAGAGACUGUCAUUAAAACAGAAACUGCCGUUGUCUCUGAGGCAGCCCCUGAACAUCAGACUCUAAACUGCCAUUGGAUCUGUUACAGUUACUUCUCAGCCAUCCACUGUCUCUAAGACUACCCCUUCCUGAAGACCUGAGCUGCAUUUAACUUCCACCGUUUGUCCUACUGUCUGUAU